CUGAAACCCUAAUCGCCUCAAUCCCAAACCAUUGUUGUUCGCUUCACAGAGUUCCGCAAAGAUGCAGAUCUUCGUGAAAACCCUAACAGGGAAGACGAUAACCCUCGAGGUUGAGUCUUCUGACACAAUCGACAACGUCAAAUCCAAGAUCCAAGACAAGGAAGGAAUUCCACCAGACCAGCAACGUCUCAUCUUCGCCGGAAAGCAGUUAGAAGAUGGCCGCACUCUCGCCGACUACAACAUCCAGAAAGAAUCAACUCUUCACCUUGUUCUUCGUCUUCGUGGUGGUGCUAAGAAGCGUAAGAAGAAGACUUACACUAAGCCAAAGAAGAUCAAGCAUAAGCAUAGGAAGGUGAAGCUUGCUGUUCUUCAGUUUUAUAAGGUUGAUGAUUCUGGUAAGGUUCAGAGGUUGAGGAAGGAAUGUCCUAAUGCUGAGUGUGGUGCUGGAACUUUCAUGGCGAAUCAUUUUGAUCGUCAUUAUUGUGGUAAGUGUGGUCUUACCUAUGUUUACCAGAAGGCUGAAGCUUGAGAUUUGAUUUUUUGAUGUUUUGAUUUUCUAGUAAUCGAUUUGUUUUUGUUGAACUUAUGGUUAUUUCAGUUUAAUUAGCUUUGUUAUGAGACUUUUUAUAUUUUGUUAGUUUGAUUACUGGAUAUUAAAUAUAAAUCAGAUUUAUCUCUGUUUUGAAUUA